AGAGAGGAGAAGACGUGCUGGAGGAUUUUAUUAGUUGCUCCCUUCUCUUAACAAGACGUGGUGGGAACUCUCCAACUCUUAAUUUUAAGUUUUUUUUUGUUUUUUAGCUUUAAUUUUAUUUAAAAGAUUUGGCGAUCUGAGCCAAGGUUUCAAAUUCGAGAGAAUAACUGGGUUGGAUCUUUGAGAUCUGUACCAGCAAGUAUCCUACACAUUUCUACUGCUUCCUCAUUAUCUUCUUUGCAGAGGACAGCAGCGAAGCUACUCAACUGGAACACUUCCUUUUAUUCUGCUCUUACUUUUGUAUCUUGUGCACACUCUGCUUCAUGCGAUUGGUCUGUAAUGGCAUUAAAAACUAAUUCUGCGGAUAGUAGAACUAGGAGCUCUAUACAAAUUUUUGUUGUAGUCGGGCUGUGCUGUUUCUUCUAUAUACUGGGUGCAUGGCAGAGGAGUGGAUUUGGGAAGGCAGACAAUCUUGCUAUGGAGAUUACUAAGAAUACGGUAGACUGCAAUUUAACCCCAAGUCUAAACUUUGAGACCCAUCAUGGUGGUGAAAUUGGCACUAUUAAUGAUUCUGAAUCGAAGCCCAAAGUGUUCAAGCCUUGUAAACCCCGUUACACUGACUACACACCCUGCCAAGAUCAGAAACGUGCUAUGACUUUCCCUAGGGAAAACAUGAUUUAUCGGGAGAGGCAUUGUCCUCAAGAGGAAGAGAAACUACAUUGCCUAAUUCCAGCACCUAAAGGUUAUGUUACCCCAUUCCCUUGGCCCAAGAGUCGUGACUAUGUACCAUAUGCUAAUGCGCCAUAUAAGAGCUUGACAGUUGAGAAGGCUAUUCAGAAUUGGGUCCAAUACGAGGGCAAUGUGUUCAGGUUUCCAGGUGGGGGAACACAGUUCCCACAAGGGGCAGAUAAGUAUAUUGAUCAGCUAGCUUCAGUGAUACCGAUUGCUAAUGGGACUGUCAGAACUGCCCUGGACACUGGUUGUGGGGUUGCCAGUUGGGGUGCAUAUCUUUGGAGUAGAAAUGUUAUCGCCAUGUCAUUUGCACCAAGAGACUCACAUGAAGCACAGGUUCAAUUUGCUCUUGAAAGGGGUGUACCUGCUGUUAUUGGUGUUCUUGGUACUAUAAAAAUGCCGUACCCAUCUAGAGCCUUUGACAUGGCUCACUGCUCUCGGUGCUUAAUUCCAUGGGGAGCUGAUGAUGGAAUGUAUCUGAAGGAAGUUGACCGAGUUCUUAGGCCUGGUGGUUACUGGGUGCUUUCUGGACCUCCAAUCAAUUGGAAGAAUAAUUACAAAGCAUGGCAGCGUCCCAAGGAGGAACUUCAAGAGGAACAGAGAAAGAUUGAGGAGGUUGCUAAACUUCUUUGCUGGGACAAGAAGUAUGAGAAGGGUGAGAUGGCCAUAUGGCAAAAGAGAGUAAAUGCUGAAUCUUGUCCUGGUAGACAAGAUGAUUCUAAAGUUACUUUUUGCAAAAAUGCAGACCCAAAUGAUGUGUGGUACAAGAAAAUGGAGGGAUGCAUUACUUCAUAUCCUGAUGUUGGUAGCCAAGAUGAAGUUGCUGGUGGGGAAGUGAAAGCAUUUCCAGAAAGGCUUUUUGCUGUUCCCCCAAGGGUUUCCAGUGGUUCUGUUCCUGGAGUUUCUGUUGAGACAUACCAGGAGGACAAUAAUAAAUGGAAAAAGCAUGUAAAUGCUUAUAGGAAAAUCAAUAAGCUUAUUGACUCUGGAAGGUAUCGCAACAUUAUGGAUAUGAAUGCUGGAUUGGGAGGAUUUGCUGCUGCAAUCGAGUCUCCAAAAUUAUGGGUUAUGAAUGUUGUUCCAACAAUAGCUAAAAAAGGCACGUUGGGUGUCAUAUAUGAGAGAGGAUUGAUUGGAAUAUAUCAUGACUGGUGCGAAGCUUUUUCCACAUACCCAAGGACAUAUGACCUUAUUCAUGCCAAUGGUGUUUUCAGUUUAUACAAGGAUAAAUGUAACAUAGAAGACAUUCUUCUAGAGAUGGAUCGGAUUUUGAGACCAGAAGGUGCAAUUAUAUUCCGUGAUGAAGUUGAUGUGCUAAUUAAGGUGCGGAAGAUAGUCGGAGGAAUGAGAUGGGAUACUAAAAUGGUGGACCAUGAAGAUGGUCCUCUAGUUCCUGAGAAGAUACUAGUCGCAGUAAAACAGUACUGGGUUGGAAACUCCACAUCCUCAGAGUGAAUGGAGAAUGGGAAAGGGUGAAAUUUUGGAACAUGGCUGUUUGAGCUGGUAAAGUGAAAGUCCUAUGUUAUGCAAGGCCUGAUGUGAAUGAUUUGUAUUUUAACUACCAUUAAUUGAACAUGUUAUGCUGUAGCAGUAAUUUAUGAAUAGACGGAUGCCUGUAACGUUUAUGAUAUUGACAUCCGAUCAUCGGUUAUUUUUUGGUCCA